AUGAGCAUCACGGACAUCCUGAGCGCUGAGGACAUUGCGGCAGCCCUGCAGGAAUGCCAAGACCCAGACACCUUUGAACCACAAAAGUUCUUCCGGACAUCGGGCCUCUCCAAGAUGUCUGCCAGCCAAGUGAAGGAUAUCUUCCGGUUCAUAGACAUCGACCAGAGUGGAUACGUGGAGGAAGAUGAGCUCAAGUAUUUCCUACAGAAGUUCCAGAGCGACGCUAGAGAACUGACUGAGUCAGAGACCAAGUCCUUGAUGGACGCGGCGGACAACGACGGAGACGGGAAGAUUGGGGCGGAUGAAUUCCAGGAAAUGGUGCACUCUUAAGGCCCAAGUCUACGGAAGAGAGAGAGAGAGGGGAAGGGGCAAAUCUGCCUGAAGGUUUCAAAAGCCCUGGGACUGGGAAGCUCCCCAACCUCUCCCGAACUACUUUACCGAGUCCCCCGAAGCCCUUCUGCACCGUGUUCCUUGUUGAGGGAAUGCAAUGGUUUGUGAUGGUGGGUAGGUCCUGAUAACCUCUGUAAGCCCCCUCCUCUGGCAGACAAUGCCUUUAAAAACCACCCAAUAAAAUCAUUUCUCGUCA